AUGACAGUUCACACCCGCAACCCAGCCCUCCUCCUCUUUAACCUCCUCGCGCAAAAGAAGACCAACCCCAUGACAGCAACACCCACCACCGGCAGCACCUAG